UUAGGUCGUCUGAGUGACCUUGUAAUUUUACACGUAUAUUGAAAUUGUUUCAAUGAAUUUUUCAAAAGGACACAUCAAAAUCUCAUUUUUUUACAUUAUGGAUAUCUGUUCUCUUUUGAUAAUGUUUGCAGCAUUGUUGCAUUCAGGUAGUUCAGAUUGCAUAGAAAACCCAACAGUCACAAGAGAGAUGGGACGGAUAAGCUUCCAGUUACUAUCCUUUGUAAGAAUGCACGAUGACUAUGAACGUAGAACUGUGUUCUCUGGACGAAUGAUUGUACCAGAUGAUUCCAAGUUCAAGUCGGAUUUUGAUAUCAUUGUAACCAAACUUCCUGGUGCAGAAGAAAUUUCUCUGACUUUGGAAGUUCCAGAUGAUGAAAUGCCUGUAAUAAUCAAAACCCGAAUAACAUCGGCAUCGAAAAAAGAGGAAUUGGUCUUUGUUAUUUAUACUUUUUCUAAAAUGAACAUUCAAACAACCUUCGAUAUCAACAAUUGUAAGUACGCAAUUUGGCAUAAAACGUCAAUUGGUGAUGUGCAGUACGUAGCGGAAUUGUCAGGUUGUGGAGAAAAAGGCUAUUACAGUGCUGAUUUAAUUACCCGAGAUUCAGAAUCUGUGCAUAAAAACAGGGAUUUUUAUUUCAAUCAAACCAUUCGGUACAGGAUAAGCAAACCAGACAUUAUAUCCUGCCAUAUAAAUAGUCUGGCUUUGAAAACCGACGGGAUCCAAAUAGACAAGCUACAAUUCGAUAUUUCGUCUGUGUCAGUUCAUAAACUUGUUGGAACUGUACUCUUAAGACAUAACAUUAUAUAGAAAUUCUGUAAAAGGAAGAAGAAAUAGCAUAGUUAU